ACACUCACCGCCGCCAUGGAAACGAGUUUUGUUAUGCGUUUGAGCCAUAAACGCAAUUUUCUGCAAUUGUGUCAAUACAUACAGAGCUGGUGAGAAGUGAAUUCGGGAAAAAUGUUUGUUUAUUUAAGUAAAAAGAUUGCGAUACCGAAUAAUGUGAAAUUAAAUUGCAUUGCAUGGAACAAAGACCAAGGCUACAUAGCAGUGGCCGGUUCUGAGGGACUACUUAAGGUGUUGAAAUUGGAACAAUUUCACAUUUUAGCAUCAAAUGGUCAAAAUAAAGGCAAUCUCGCUGCUGUAUCCAAUUUGUCUAUGAAUCAAACAUUAGAUGGGCAUAAGGAGGCGGUAAAAGUGGUCACUUGGAAUGAGACGCAACAGAAGCUAACAUCUUCCGAUUUGGAUGGUGUUAUUAUGGUUUGGAUGCUCUAUAAAGGUUCGUGGUAUGAAGAGAUGACCAACGAUCGCAAGAAGUCCACAGUAAAUAGUAUGAGUUGGACAUCAGAUGGUGCUAAGAUUUGUAUAGUUUACGAAGAUGGUGCUAUUAUUGUAGGCUCAGUGGACGGAAAUCGCAUUUGGGGCAAGGAGCUAAAGAAUACACAUUUGACAAGUGUUCAAUGGAGUCCCGAUAAUCGCUUGAUUCUAUUUGGUUUAGCUAGUGGUGAAUGCCAUUUAUAUGAUAAUCAGGGAAAUUUUGCGAUGAAGCUCAACAUCCAGUGUGUUUCGUUGAGUUCAAAUCGUAACUUUAGAAUCUCAGCACUGUGUUGGUAUAGCGGUCGCGCACCGUCGAAUCGUCCAGUUCUGGCUAUAUGUUUUGAGACGUGCAAAUUGCAAAUUAUGCGCAACGAAAGCGAUGAUGCGCCAAUUAUCGUCGAUACUGGCAUGCGAAAUAUUGAUGCCGAAUGGAAUCAUGAUGGAUCUGUACUUGCCAUUUGCGGCACUCUUAUAGAUUACAGCACUUCGAAGGAGCUGAAUCAAGUCAGCUUUUAUUCGUCCUUUGGUCAGUUGGUGCGUACACUCAAAGUGCCGGGUAAUGAAAUCUCCUCGCUCUCCUGGGAAGGAAAGUCGUUACGCAUUGCUAUGGCUGUUGAUUCUUUUAUAUAUUUUGCUAAUAUACGUCCCGAUUAUGUGUGGUGUUAUUUUGAGAAAACCGUUGUAUUUCUAAAUCGAAAUAGUAGCAGUUUCACGCGUAAUGCAACAACAAAUGUAAUCACCUUUUGGAAUACGGUUUCGAAUCAGAGUUUCCUAAAAGAAGUCGAACCGGCCUUGGGUAUGGCGGCUUGCAGUGAACAUUGUGUUCUCGCCGUGGAAUGUUUGAAUAGCAAUAUGAAAGAUAAUGCUGGCGGUGGUAAGGAGGAACUUCAUGGCGAUGAGAAAUGUUAUCAGCUAAUGCUGUGCAAUUCCAUCGGCACUACAGUGGAUUCUAAAUAUACCGACAUGAAACCCAACUUUAUUGGCAUCAAUUCUGGCCACGUAGCAAUAGCAUCUUUCGAUGAAGUACUCAUCUGGCAUUAUAACACACCCAAGAGUGCCGUUAAUUUGCAUGGAGCGAAAACUCGUAAAGAGAAUCGCUUUCAUAUAGACGACACACCGACCGGCGUUGAAAUGGCUAAAGACUUGGUGAUAGCCACAGGGGGCGCUGGUGGCGAUAACAAAGGAUACAAACAGCACGUGAAUGUGGAUCCGAUCUGCGCACUCGCUAUGUCUGAGAAAAUUUUAUUGGUGGCACGUGCAUCGGGCACUAUCAAUGAAUACAGUGUGCCGAAUGUGGCGUUGCGUAAUCGUCAUAAAAUCAAUGCCACGGCCUAUAAGUUGGAUAUUAACUGUAACUCAAGCCGUGCAGCUGUUAUUGAUGACACCGGUGUUAUGACUUUACUCGAUUUAGAUGACGAUCGCGAAUCACAAUUGAAUUUUAAUCGCGUUGAACGUAAGGAUGUUUGGGCCAUUUGCUGGGCUAAAGACAAUCCCUUGUUGCUCGCUUUAAUGGAGAAGACGCGUAUGUAUAUAUUCCGUGGUAAUGAUCCGGAAGAGCCCAUCUCCUGCUCCGGUUAUAUUUGUGCUUUUGAAGAUUUAGAAAUCACAAGUGUCUUACUUGAUGAUAUAAUCAGCGGCGAUGAGACACAAAAUGCCGUUAGCCACAUUAUACAAUUACGUGUGAAGUCCUUACGUGAUACCGAUGAUCUGUUGCAACAUGUGGGCUUGGAAGAUGCUAAGCAAUUCAUUGAAGACAAUCCACAUCCGCGCUUAUGGCGCCUACUAGCCGAGGCUGCACUGAAAAAGCUUGAGCUGGGCAUGGCGGAAAAUGCGUUUGUACGUUGCGCCAACUAUCCGGGUAUACAGUUAAUAAAGCGUCUACGAAACAUACCCUCGGCCAUGUUACAAAAGGCUGAAGUCGCGGCUUUCUAUGGCGAAUUCGAGGAGGCUGAAAAGCUGUAUAUGGAUGCGGACAGAAGGGACCUGGCGAUUAAUUUGCGAAUAACUUUGUGUGACUGGUUUCGCGCUGUGCAACUUUAUCGUAUGGGCUCUGGGGUAUCCGAUCAGCAAAUGGAAACUGCUUGGCGUGAAAUUGGCAAUCAUUUCGCAAGUUUGCGUUCUUGGGAGAGCGCAAAAGAAUAUUAUGAAAAAUCUCAUCACAUUGAAGGUCUGAUGGAUUCGCUUUAUCAUCUCGAAAGAUUCGAUGAGUUAGAGCAAUGCAUUGAUAAGUUGCCUGAGAAGAGUCCAUUACUUGCGAAAAUUGCCGAAAUGUUGGCUUCAGUCGGCAUGUGCACGGAAGCAGUAAAGGCGUACUUAAAAAUGGGCGAUCCAAAGUCGGCAGUGAAUGCUUGUGUCAAUCUACGACAAUGGGGUGAAGCUGUGCAGCUCGCACGUAAAUUUGAUAUGCCACAAAUCGGUAACUUAUUGAGUAAACAUGCUGCACAACUCAUAAAAGAGGAUCGGCUACCAGAGGCCAUCGAAUUGCAAAAGAGGGCUGGACAUUAUUUAGAAGCUGCACGUUUGCUGGGAAAGUUGGCCCAACGUGAAACGGAGAAGGAUUCAAGUAUGCUACGUAUUAAGAAACUUUACGUAUUAGCAGCAUUGCUGGCCGAAGAGCAUUUGAAGACGUUGAGUACGGCCGAGCUGAGUUACAAAGUGGAUAGAAACUCUUUGUUGGAUACAAUGAGUCCGGAGGAUGCGCACGUAGUUGAACAUAUGUGGCAUGCUGCUGAGGCCUACCAUUUCAUGAUGCUAGCACAACGUCAACUACGCUUUGGUAUUGUACAUAAUGCUGUUGUAACCGCAUUGCGUUUACGUGAUUAUGAUGACAUCUUACCAGCCGAAGACGUCUACAACAUACUUGCAUUAGCCAGCUGUGCUGAUCGCUCAUUUGGCAUCUGCUCGAAGGCCUUCACUAAACUAGAAUCUUUGGAGUCAAUACCAGAGCAUAGGGUGCAGAAGUAUCGUGAGCUUGCGGCAAGCAUUUAUUCCAAAUAUUCUUCAGAGGAUACCAAAGUUGAAACGGUCAAAUGUUAUGCAUGUAAUGCACCAGUGCCGGACAGUUUACCAGCCUGCACAAUUUGUGGUGCUCGCUUUCCGGCUUGCGUUUCUUCGGGCAAACCUAUCACACAACCCACCAGUAAUAUUUGGAUUUGCGGCAUUUGUCAUCAUUGUGCUGCACCCGUCGAAAUCACAAGACAUCAUACCUGUCCACUAUGUCAUAGCUUGAUUAUUUCAAUGACACUAGAAAUUUAGAUAAAUAAAAGAGCCCUUGCUGUACUGAAGGAUACUUGAGUCCUUAAUG